AUGGCGUCCGAAACACUUGCCCCCGACAGCGCUCAAUCGAGUGGGCUGCCGGCAAAGAAGUUCCACUCGCCAAGCGUCAGCCGUGGACUCACCGAACGCUACUCGCUGACGACGGAUUCUACGACAGACUUGGUCGCAAAGCGACCAGUAUCUACUGGACUGGGCGCCCAGACCGUGCCAAACUUACGGCGGCUGCUCGUCGGGCUCGGCUCCUUCGAGCGUCCGAGUCUCGGUCGGAUGGGACUCGGCUGGCAAGUCGGAGCAGCGAAUAGCGAGAUCGCCGUGGCGGACCGGUUGGCCGUGGGCGGAAUCAUGACGCGAACAACGCUGAUGUUGACGCUUGCGGUGUCGAGUGCGCUGAUCGGCCAGCACGCCUACGGCGAUCAGGCGGCGGACGAAGCCCUGAUCAGGAAGUCGGUCGCGGACUACGUGGGCGCCUUCAACCGUGGGGACGCGGCCGCGGUGGCCGCGCUGUGGUCGCCAGAAGCGGUCUACACAGAUCCGGGCAGCGGCGAGCAGCUCGUCGGGCGUGAGGCGAUCAAAGCUCAGUUCUCGGGUGUUUUUGCUUCUGGCGACAGCCCAACCCUUGCCGCCACGACCGAUUCCAUCGAGUUUGUUUCGCCGAACGUCGCCAUUGAGCGCGGGACCGCGGUCGUCAAGCUGCAGGGCGAUCAGCAGGAGGAAACUCAGUACACGGCUGUUUACGUCAGGCGUGACGGGAAGUGGCUGCUCGACCGAGUCUCGGAGGAGCAAACUGAGGCCGCAAGCUCCAACUACGACCAUCUCAAAGAGCUCGAAUGGAUGAUCGGCGAGUGGGUCGACCGCGACGAUCAGGCCGUAGUUGCGACCUCCUGCCAGUGGACCAAGAACCGCAACUUCAUCACCCGCAUGUUCGGGGUCAGUAUAGGUGACCGCACCGAUUUCUCGGGGCUGCAGAUCAUCGGCUGGGACCCCGCCGCGAAGCAGCUCAAGUCGUGGGUGUUUGACUCCGACGGCGGGUUCGGGCAAGGCGCCUGGACGCGGAAGGGCGAAUCCUGGCACAUCCACACCACCGGCGUGGCGCCGGACGGCAGCCAGUCGUCAGCGUUGAACGUCAUUACCCGCGUGGACGACAACACCCUGACUUGGCAGUCGCUCGACCGCAAGGCAGGCGGUGAGCUGCUCCCCAACGUCGACGAGGUGGUCGUCGUUCGGCAGACGGACGCGGAGUAG